AUGGCGCAGAUAGCACCAAUAUCUUUUACAUCUCCUCUUCAAGAUGAUGAUACGGAAAUAGAAAGAGCUUGGUGGAAUUUGGAGUUGCAAUGGGUAGAGGAGGCUGAAGAGGAUGGGUACGAGAGCAGUACUUUGGAUGGGGAAAGUGAUGAGGGGGAGACAGAUGAGGAUUCUGAUGAAUGGGAGGAUGUGAGUGAGAGUGGGAGUGAGGUUCAACAACAAAGAAACUACAAAAUGUCCAUCCAAGAUCUUACCACGUCCCCACUCGACCUCUCCACCAUCACUCCAAUCAUGGCUGUCCAAAGCGAGCUCCACCUCCGCGGCGGCAGCUCCGGUAGCGAUGCCGACGAUGAAAGGGACGAUACACCCGAUACCGAGUCCGAUGAUGACUUCUACGGGAAGUAUGAGAGUACGGGUAGUUCCAGCUCUGGCAGUGGAGGAAGUUCGGGACAUUAUGAUGUCUCUGAUGCAGAUUCUGUGGCGAGUGAGAGCACUGGACCUAUUUAUGGCUCUAGUUAG